AUGAUGUACCCCCACCCCGCCUCGCCAUCGUCCUCGGACUCCUCUUCCUCGCCGAUUCACAUGUUCGACCACUUCCAGUCAAAGGUCGCUUCCCCAAAUCACCUCUACGUCCGUCAGCCCCACGCCAUCCAGAUCAUCCAGCUCGUCGAGGGCCCCCCGCCCCCGCGUCGCGUAUCUUCUGUCGCCUACUCGAGCUCGUAUUGCUCUUCCGCCUCGUCAUGUCCGACCUCCUCGUCGGAUGAGGAAGACGAGGAUGACUGCACCGACAGCAGUUCGUAUUGCUCUUCAUAUGUCUCGGAUGAGGCCUCGUUGGGACAAAAGGUCCUUUGGACAGAUGAGACCCACGACAUCCGCAUGAAGCGCGUCACCUCCUGGCGCGAUGUCGCGGCCAAGGCCCUCGCUGCUGAGUCGUCAUCGUCAUCAUCAAGACCAUCACUAAAACGCAAGGCGCAGUCGCUGGGAGUGCAGGAGGACUCGCCGUGUUCGAAACGGUCCCGCUCGCCUGAUGGACGCGCUGCGCCUGUCCGGACAUUCCCUUCCCACGCGUGCCCCGCCUGCGAUACACCCUUCUACUCCCCGCAGGCUCUCCGGGAACAUGGCCGGACACAGGACAACGAGGCAUGUCGCGUCGCGGUCGAUUACGACUUCGAGUGAAAAAUCGACCCUUGUCUCUCCUGAGCUCUACCGCGCACAUCUACGCCUGCCGCAUCAGACAACACGCUUCGCACACACCCCUCCUCGCCCUUGCUUUCUCACUCUGCCCUCGCAUAUACCGCGCUCGAACUCUCACUCUCGCGUAUCGCUGCCUGCCGCCUGUUGUCCACUCUGUCCAUCCUCGUGCUCUACAUUCAAGCUUCUGUUCCGGUUCUUCUUCUUGUUCCGCGUUUCGCCUCUCCCACGACGACCAUCAUGACAAGCAUAAUCAAUAAUCGUUCGGACUGUACCAUAAUCCACACCUACUAUUUCGCAUGCGCGCCGGAGCGGCUCUUCGUAUCGUACACACCCCCUUCCGCUACAUUACUCACUCAAUAUCACCCCACCAUCGCCGCACUCCCCAGACCAAUCCAAC